CUGAGGUAGAGCACCACCUUAGUGUCCGCUCCCGCCCACCACAGUCAGAUCUCACAGCCAGCAUAGUCACAAGUCAGUUAACCCCCAGGACAGCCAGCAGCAUUGGGAGCCUCAGUGUUCCUGACACAGGAUGGGCCCCCUACUACUGCUCACCUCCACGCUCCUGUCCAGCUACUUCCAUGCAGGGAGAACGGUGAACGCAGAUCGAUUAUUCACGAUACGAGACAUCACCCUGUCCAUCGAGCCAAGUACUGAUGUGACUCGGAACACCAAUGUGACUCUGAGAUGCAAGGCGGUCGUCAUCAGCUUUGGGCAGGAGGCGCUGAGUCGUGAGUACACUAUAUAUAAGGACGGCAACACAGUCUACACCAAGACCUCCAGCACCUCGGAGGAUCUUCUGUACCCUCUGUCCGAGGCCAGAGUCUCCAACACCGGCAAAUAUAAGUGCAAGGUCAACAUUGAGGGGAAACACAUGAACAGCGGAGCCAAGAAACUCACGGUAACAGGCCUGUCGAAACCAGUUCUCAGGCUAAACAAGGGUGUGGUCAGCGAAGGGGAGGAGAUAACGGCCACAUGUACGGCGCACGGUGAGACAGGCUCCAUUUUCUUUUACUUCUACGAUGACUCCAAAGAGAUCCAGGAGAAGCAGGUCAACUCCAACAGGGCAGAGGCCAAGCUUCGCAUCACUAGCAUUGGCAUCCACAAAAUUCACUGUGCCUACACUGUCCUUGUAACGCCAGACUCCUUCAAGUCCGAGGAAAGCAGCGCUGUCCAUGUUACAGUCAAAGAACUUCCCAUCACACCAGUUUUGGAGAUUUUCCCCCAGUCCAAGAUCUAUGAAGGAGACCAACUGGACAUCUUGUGCACCGUCAGAAACGUUCUGCAGCACUCUGAAGGUAACCUCUACCUGAGCCAGGGGAACCAGCUUCUCAGAAGUGGAGACACCAAAGUCAACCACAGCAAGGUUGCACUGGCCAAGGACCCUGGCGAGUUUGAGUGCAGAUUCGAGAUGGGAGAUGUAGUGAAAUACGUCUCAAAGACGGUUUCAGUGACUGAGCUGUUUUCAGUGCCCACUUUCACCAUGUCUCCUGCUGAAGUCUUUCAAAAGGAAAAUAUGACGCUAACAUGCAAAAGUGAGAGCUUUGCCUCUGAAAGACUCGGCAAUCAAGAAUUGACUUACACUCUUGAGCCACCUGAAAGCCCACUGACCCCCAAGGGCCCGGGAGUAUUUCAUGGCAAAGCCCUACAGUAUGAUUUCAACUAUACCUGUGUAGCUCGAGCCAGGGGCAUCGUGAAACCCAGUGAAACCCUGACUGUACGUCCUAAAGUGUCUGUCUCCAUUCCAAAGAUCUUGGUGGUUGGCAGAGCAGUCCUAGGACAGCCCCUCAAGAUCCUCUGUCAGUCAGACAGUGGCAGCCUGCCAAUAAACUACACCCUUCUGAGGGAGUACGACCAACUGAACACAACCAUUGUCAAGAAGCCCUUUCAACAAGCUUUCUUCGCAGUCACCAUCACCAAGCCUGACGAAAUCACCAAGUACAUGUGCGAGGCGAAGAAUAAUCACAGGGAAGCCCCGCUCAGUAAAAGACUCUACGCCACUGUAAUAGUGCCUCUGACGCACCCACUUAUAUCCGUGGUCCCUGACCUAUCAGACAUCUCUGAGGGAGAUCAUCUCUACCUCCUAUGCAGUGUUGUCGGCACUCCGCCUGUCACCUUUAAGUGGUACCGUGUUGGCGAUGAACAGCCGCUGUAUACCACCACCUCCAACGAGAACAACACGGCCUACCAGAUCCCCGAGGUGUCCAAACAGGACAGUGGCGCAUACUACUGCGAGGCUUUCAACCACGCCAACAAUGUUGUCAUCAGUAACCAGGUCAACAUACAGGUGCGCCUGGCGUUGUGGAAGAAACUGGUGAUCGGGGGGUUCUGUAUGCUGGCGGUGUCUGUGUUGGUGGUGGUCUCUGUGCUGUGCUUCAUAUCCAAGAGAGGUAAAAGAGAAGCAGCUGCUGAAUUGUCAGUCCUUCGAGCCCUAAAUCAGAUGACUCUUUAACAGUGAAUCUAACCCACGACACAGAGGUUUAUAAAGCAGCCACAGGUAGCUUGGUUUUACUAUUCUCCUGUGUCCCACUGACUGUCAUCACUCAGUCAUCAUCUUAACAGCCAUGUCUCUCGCCUCAACAGUCAUAGCAUGUUUCCUGUUGUAGCCACGGCAAUCCAUUUUCAUUUCCAUGUUCUAAUAUGCAUGCAGGGCCCAUGUUUCUGUUUAUGUAACUGUCUAUGUCACUUUCCUGUACAAGUUUAUGUGCACGCACAACAUGGGUAUGUUUAGGCGUAUUGCCUUCGUCUGUGUCUGACUUUUUUUUGCAUGUACAUUGUGUUUGUGUCUAAGUAUGUACCGUAUCUGCACAGGCAGGAUGAGUAGGAUGUUGUUAGAAUACAGUUGUUGUACUGUGGGAAGUAAACUCUCUGAGGUACAGGCUGUGUUUAUGGAGGAGCAAGCUGCUUGAGUAGUUCAAUUAUUAUUUGUCAAUUGUUGCAAACUGCUCAGAGCGUCAACUAUCAUCUUCUUCCAGACGCAGCGCUACUCUAUGAUGGCACGGAGGGGAGAGUGACCAAUGGGGCGCGAGAUAGUGUGGCGUCGCUUCCCAUUGACAUCAGCAACAGGAGCAGCUACAGUAUCCCAGCAACAGUGUAGAGAUGCCCCACAAUGUGUGGAACGUCAAUUACAUUUUUUUAUUUUUUACUUUCAAAGAAAAGGAAGUUCUAAGAAAGGACUCUGAGGGCAAACAUGGAAAGGAACACAAGAGGCCGUAAUCCUGUUGAUGUCCAGUGUUGUGGGAUUUGAACACUUUCUUCACUGACGACUUUCCUCAGUGAAAAGGAGGGGCGUGUUAUAAACAAUUUAAACUAGGACCCGCUGCUCCCUCUCCCCUCCUCCUGCGCUCUAGAAGGCCUAUUUUUUAUGAUUUACGUAACAUUACUGUCUUUGUCCUUUGUUUCUUUCAAUCACCAUGUUUGUGUGAUUUCAUGUCCUUUUAUUGUUGCAACUGCUCCAUUUGUCUGAUGUGCAUGUUUAAAUGGCCUUGGUGACAGAUUGAUUUGUAUAUACAUUUUAUCACCAUCACAGGAAAUGUGUGUAUAUAUUUUUGGUUCAUCCCAGAGACACCUGUAGAAUAAAGACGUUGGUUUUAUUUA